AUGAAAAAGCCUACGAAACAACCACGGUGGAACUAUGGACAAUCCCGUGUCAUCUAUACUGAUGCAAAUGCUUCAAGUCAGCCUUCUUUUCCGAAGGCUGCGUCCAGAAACACUAGCUUGGUUCGUCAAGAUCCCAAGUGCCAAUGGCAAAAAGACCUUUCCAAAUCCGCAACAUCGGUACGAUUGGUUCGACACGUAAGAGAACAUUGUCACCGCCCGAAUCGACAGGACGACGAUAGCUUCGACCGCAGCAGAUAUCUCCGACCCAACUGCUCCGGCGGCGACGAAAUUCCCGUUAUGGAUACAGACGAUGUCCGACAUGAACACGCGUGUUUGAUAUUGGAACUGCACCACGCCGUUCUCCUUUGUCAACAAAGAAACCAGGAGAUAAUUGAUGUACCGGAACUCUCAAAUUCUACUACGCGCGACGCUCGUGACACCAUAGAUCAAAAGGCGGACAGUGUUUCGCAGUCCUGGCAACUGUUAAGGCAGUUUUAUCGGUCACGCUCCAACUCUCAAUCAUUGACGCAGGAAGACCGUACAGAAACGCUCGAAUUUUUGCUGGACUGUAUGGAUAGGUAUAGAGACAGUUCAUAUCCCUCAAAUACUUCGACACCGGAAGUGUGCUUAUUCGUGCUGGAACAAUUGACAAGGGCAACACUGUCAGCCUACGAUGAAAGGAGUGUUUAUUUGAGUGGGGAUCUCGUUGACACCAUCUUUCUUGCUGCUCAUACCCGAGCUCGUCGGAAUCUGCUCAUUCUUGUCCGUUGGUACCAUUCAGCCACCAGCGAUUUGCGUCCUAGAAUUCGGUACCUUUUACAGCACGUUUCUUCUUUCCAUUGGCAGAAUUCUGUCGAAAUCGUUGAAUUCACCAAGCUUUCCAUUGCCAGUUUAGAAGUUGAUACGACGACAAACAAUCAACUUCAUGCCGUUAACCUGCCCUUCAAACUCCGAGAACAACACGAAGGCACUAGCAACUACGAUCAACAGCUAUUUUAUUGGAGGUGUCUUUCGUGCUCAUCGAACGGCAUCGCACUUCUCUGGAAAAAGCGAGAAACAUCACAGGUGUUGCGGCUUCUAGAAGAUACUGCUGUGUCUAAGAAUCCCGAGUUUGCUGUUAUGGCUGCUGCGACUUUGUCUGCCCUAGCUUCCUUAGGCCCGGAUGUCACGACCUCCCCAGACUUUAUUGCAGAUGCUCUGAUACGGAUUCUAAUAGACGCUGACUGGGAUGCCAAGCUGGAGAGUGUUUCUGGGCUGCGAUUGUGUUUCCGAGACAAACGCGUAGAGUGUGUUAUAUUGACUGAAAAGCAUUGCUCAAAGCUAGAGCGAAUAAUUGCCAACUUAACGAAGAUUGUACUUUUGGUGCCUGAACAAAAGCAGAGGCCCAAUCAUCAAAUUCAGCGAGACGCCGCCACUAUAUUACUGGACAUGAUGGCAUGGUUGACCACGAGACCGCAUCAGAUCUGUGAAGGUAUCCCCUGUUCGGAUUUGGUAAAAGUUUGUCAAGCUCUCUUGGGUGAUGAUAGUAGAGAGAUUGUGAAGCAGACCGUUAGUAUGAUUGCAUUUAUACUUGGCGACGACCCCAAAAAGAUUCUUACAGAUUCCCCGACAAUCCUGACUUCGUUGGCAACGACAAGUAUAAGGUGGUCCACAGUAUCCGAUCUGACUAUCUCGAUCAUGGACAUCUUUCAGGAUUUGUCAUCGGCAGACGGAGAGAUCCAAUCCCUUCUGGUACGGCAACCGCGAGUGCUCGAAUCUCUCGUCAUAUUGACUAAUUCUCAAACAAAUACGGGAGGCCGACAAGCUGCAAUCUCGUUGGUCUUGGCAAUAUCUAGCAAUCCUUGCCAUCGUCGCUGUUUGGCAAAACAGGUGGGCCUGCUGUCUGGCUUGAUUCGCUAUGUCCGGUGGCUGGAUGAGUCUUCUUUGAUCCAGGCAGAAAGUUCACACGAGCGAGAAGGACUUAAGGAAUGCAUUCGGCUCAUCGCAAACGUACUCUAA